CCCCUCCUCUUGUUCCUGACGUGGUUCAACCCGGGAGGCCGGUGUCUUUCCCCAGUUUGCCGUUCACCCGGAGCGCUCGGGACUUGCUGAUAGUGGUGACGGCGGCAACAUGUCUGUGGCGUUCGCAGCACCGAGGCAGCGAGGCAAGGGGGAGAUCACUCCCGCUGCUAUUCAGAAGAUGUUGGAUGAAAAUAACCAUCUUAUUCAAUGUAUAAUGGACUAUCAAAAUAAAGGAAAGACCUCAGAAUGUUCUCAGUAUCAGCAGAUGUUGCAUACAAACUUGGUCUACCUUGCUACAAUAGCAGAUUCUAAUCAAAAUAUGCAGUCUCUUUUACCAGCACCACCCACACAGAAUAUGCCUAUGGGUCUUGGAGGGAUGAAUCAGAGCGGCCCUCCCCCACCUCCUCGUUCUCACAACAUGUCUUCAGAUGGAAUCGUAGGUGGGGGUCCUCCUGCACCACACAUGCAGAACCAGAUGAACGGCCAGAUGCCUGGUCCUAACCAUAUGCCUAUGCAGGGACCUGGACCCAAUCAACUCAGUAUGACAAAUAGUUCCAUGAACAUGCCUUCAAGUAGCCAUGGAUCCAUGGGAGGUUAUAACCAUUCUGUGCCAUCAUCGCAGAGCAUGCCAGUACAGAAUCAGAUGACAAUGAGUCAAGGACAACCAAUGGGAAACUACGGCCCCAGACCAAAUAUGAAUAUGCAACCCAAUCAAGGUCCAAUCAUGCAUCAACAGCCUCCUUCUCAACAAUAUAAUAUGCCACAGGGAGGUGGGCAGCAUUACCAAGGACAGCAGCCACCUAUGGGAAUGAUGGGUCAAGUUAAUCAAGGCAAUCAUAUGAUGGGUCAGAGACAGAUCCCUCCUUAUAGACCACCUCAACAGGGCCCACCACAGCAGUACUCAGGCCAGGAAGACUAUUAUGGGGACCAAUACAGUCAUGGUGGACAAGGUCCUCCAGAAGGCAUGAACCAGCAAUAUUACCCUGAUGGUCAUAAUGAUUACGGUUAUCAGCAACCGUCGUAUCCUGAACAAGGCUACGAUAGGCCUUAUGAGGAUUCCUCACAACAUUACUACGAAGGAGGAAAUUCACAGUAUGGCCAACAGCAGGAUGCUUACCAAGGACCACCUCCACAACAGGGAUAUCCGCCCCAGCAGCAGCAGUACCCAGGGCAGCAGGGCUAUCCAGGACAGCAGCAAGGCUACGGUCCCUCACAGGGUGGUCCAGGUCCUCAGUAUCCCAACUACCCACAGGGACAAGGUCAGCAGUAUGGAGGGUACAGACCACCACAGCCUGGACCACCACAGCCACCCCAACAGAGGCCUUAUGGCUAUGACCAGUGCAUUAUUCCUUUAGGUACAUCAUGACACCCAACAGACUUCCAAGCAUAUCUGCUUUUGUGGAAAUGUAAACUUUUAAGGUACUAUUUCUUAUAGUACAGAAAUAUUUCAACUGUAGAAUACUUUCUUGAUAUAAAAUAAUUAAUAUAACUUAUAAUGGGAAAUGUAGCCAAAGGAAACAAUUAGCUAAUUAUGUACUCCUAGUGAGGACUUUUCUUGGAAUAGGUACUGUUAUACACAGGAACAGACAACAUUUCGUUCCAUUAUACGUAAGGUUACCAUGAGUGGGAGCCUACUUGACGGCAAUUAGCAACAAGUUUUAAACACGUUUAAGAAAUAUUUUAUAAAGUAUAUUUGUCUGCAGGCAGUCCCCGGGUUAUGAAUGUCUAGCUUAACUUAUAACCUGUAGUUAUGAACCAACCCUGGUAAGACCUAUUACAUUAAACAUUCAAGGUACAUAAAUGGUUCAUAAUAACAGACGUGCUACUUUGUGACAUGUAGCAAAACAUUAUUACUGUAUUAUUAUGUUAAAGAUGUUUUAGUAUAUCUGAAAGUGUUCAAUGUUUUUAUGCAUAGAAAAAUACACUAUAUAUUAUAACAAACAUUUAACUAGCGAUUAGAUACCAACCGUACCUAACUCUUCUGACUUAAUGUACAAAUUCAGCUUAAAAACAGAUUUAGGAAUGGAAUUUAUUGGUAAUCUGGGGACUGCCUGUGAAUUAUUCUCUUUUGUUCUACCUUUCUUCUGUUUUAGAGAUGUUCCUUAUCUCCCUCAAAAGCUAACAUUAACAUAUGCAUACUGGAAUUAUUUACCUCCCCCAUGGGAUUUUGCUAUUCAUUUAUCACCUCUUUUGUAUCUAUACUCACUUUUUCUCUCCUGUUCUGUCAGUCUACAGGCUUUCAAGUCUACCUUAUUAAAAACAACAAAGCAAAACAAGCUUUCCUUGAUUUUUUGUGGUAGCUGCCUAACUAAAUACCUCUGCUGGUACUUUGUUAGCCUCACUUUAGCAUGAGUAAAAGGUUCUUUACCCUCAGUCUCCAAAAUAUCUUUCCAUCCUCACUUACCACUUGCUGUUGUUAAUUAUUAGCAUUUUUAAUAAGCUAAGCAGUCAUAAAGUUCUCACAGUAGCAUAUAAUUUAUAUACUAAUAUAUACUACAUCAGAGUUUAGGAAAUACAAUCUCUUAUUUACUCUUGCUUAAUUCAAUUCAACAAAAUUCAUCAAACAUUUAAAUUCCUACUAUGUGAAAGGCCAUUUGCUAGUCUCUUGCAUAUUUAGAAUUAUGAAAUCAGUUUGCAGUUUAAUGUAUUUUCAGAAGAAAUUACGCUGUGACACUAUGUACCUAAAUAUAUAUGAAAUUUUUUGUUGUUGUUGUAGGUGCAAUUGCUUGUAUAGUAUGACAGUGUUAAAAAUAACUUAUUUAUAAUUUUCUGUGCUAAACUAUUAUGGUUGAAUUAUGGUCAAAUUAUUAUCUAAUUAUAUUUUUAAAUUUGUUUUUUAGGGACAGUAUGGAAAUUACCAGCAGUGAAAAAGUACUAACAUUCCAAUAGCCAGUACCUAUUAGCAGCCAUAUUGUCACCUCAUCACUGUGGACACCUCCCUGUGUAGAGAUCUUUUCAUUCCAUCUAGUUUUUGGAAAAACUCUGUGGAUAAGUGGCUGUUUCUUCAGUAAACAGCCUUUGUGGCUUAGUUGUAAAAGGCUUUAGUAGCUCAAAAAUACUCUUGAUUUCACAUUUCUACUCUAGAUGGCAACAUUGGACAGAAAAUACAAUGACAUAACCAAUUUGCAAUGAUUUCGGAACUGUUUCAAAUGGACUGUUACAGACUGAAAGGUGUGAACAGCUUUGUAUGUUUAUGAAGGUUAAGGGAAUUUAAUACUUUUCCACAGAUUCUUUUGUAAGGGGAAGAGGGAAAGGUACACUUUUUACAGCAGCAAUAUUUUGUAUAUUAUGUUUAUUUCAUGUGAAUAUGCAAGGCAGUACACGCACUGGGCAGAAUCAGAAAUCCUGUUAAUGUGGAUUGGAGCAUGGUAGAUGCUUGAUUGUGUUGGUCUCAAAAUGGUGUACUAUAAAGAUAAAGGUGAGGGAGAACACAAAGCACACCAUAUGUCCACUAUUAUGUUGUUACAGAGGAAAUUCAAAUCCCUUUUAUCUAUUAGAUAAUCAAGGGCACUGUGAUACAGGUUUGACUAAAAAGACAUUUUUUAAAAGCCUUCCAGUUUUGUGGAUUAAAACAUUUUUAUAAAAAUCAUUUAUAAUAUAGUUUUAAAAUGUGAGGCAAUAAUUACUUCAUGUUGGAUCUGAAGAAUCUUUGCUAACAGUUUCAUGGAGAUGAAAUGGUAAUCCUCCCCUAAAAUAGCAAUAACUGAAAAUGGAAGUAUUAAUUUACUGUGAGUAAUCAGGGAAUUUAGUAAGUAAUAUCAAAGAAUUUUAUAAAUGAUAUCAAAGAAGAGUCAACAUUGAUCCAGUAAUUUUAUUUUUUAACAUUACAAGGAUAAUUGGUUUAUAUAGUAAAAUAGUUCAGACUUUACAAACCUUUAUUUCAACUUUCUUAACUGGAACUAAUGCCAUUUAUAAAGGGACACUUUUAUGCUUUUCCCUUUUUUAUGUUGGUUCAUAUAAGACAGAGAUGUUGUUGAGGUUUUAUUCUGAUCUGUUAUUAAAAGCAUAGAGGUUGCAUGCUAGAUUACCUUGUUUGUUAGUAUGGCAUAUUUAAUCAUUAUUUGAGACUGCCCUAUGCCUGAUUAUUUUAACUAAAUUCAGGGAUAUUGUAUUGGGCAGGAAAGCAUGCAUAGAGAAGUUUUUAACCACAAUUAUUUAGGCAUAAUCUGAAAACAUCUAGCCCAAAGGUGAGUUGCUAUUUUCAUCACAGUUGCCUAUGCCCGGGGAAUAAGAUGUAUUCCUUAUAAAUGAAUUGUUUUUUUUUCUCACUUCUAACUGGAAACAAAACAGAAGGGAUACCAUAAAUUUGAGUAAGCGAAACAUACUGUUCUCAACAUACUGUAAUCAAAAGAAGACAUUUCUGUGUGUGUGUGAGAGAGAGAGAGAGUGUGUGUGUGUGUGUAUGUGUAUGUGUUUUAAUAUGAGAAUAGGUUUGCUUUUUUGUUUUCAAGUUGGUCAGUAGAAAAUGACAUCAAGGUUUGAACAGAUAAAGCAUGGACAGCCUUAUUGUGAUUAACAUACUUGUAGGUUCUGUGCCUGUUUUCCACCACUGUGUACUUUGUUGCUAUUUAAAACUGUAUCAACUCUAACAGAAGAAUAAAUUAUUUGUGAUUUUAAUUUUCUCAUCUGUUUCUUUAAAUUAGAUCUCUUUGACUCUCUUGGUUCGUCUGGAGAUUAUACUGUGGGUUUUUUAUAUAAGUUAGACCAAUAUAAGCAGACUAUAUUUGUAUUCUAGGACUUUAUUAAAAUUCUGUUGUCAUGCCCAAGUUAAUUAGAAUUAACUGUUCAGUAAUCAGCAUGUUGUGUAGGCUGUUUGUUACAGAAUUCUUUCUCUGAAAAUGAAGUCCAUGAGGCAAUAAUCAAGAUGACUGAAUUAGAUAAAUGAGUUGAGGAGACAAAAUUGUACUGAACCCAACCUGGUGUAGAUAUGUUAUCUCAUUUGAAAUAAGCUCAGCUGACAUUAAGAGGUAAUUUGUCUCGCCAACCCAUCUUCUGUUGUCUUGUUCUCCUUUUAAUGGAAACUAAAAUUGCAAUUUUAAUAAGCAGAAUUUCCUCCAGGACUUUCUUCCUGGAGACUAGUGCGUUUGCAAGGUUUAAUUGUUUUAUAACAGUCCUAUUUUGUAUAAGUUUUUAAUUGGUGGUGACAAAAAUUACCUUACUCCUUUGAUACCUAGUAAGAAAAUAACUGUACCAGUAGCUUUCUACCGAAUUUGGUAUUUCCAUAUAGAUUAUAUAUUCUAAAACGGAAAUUUUUAGUUGAUCAAAGUGUGUUAUAAUGAAUAAAUAUCAUACUGUCCCAUAAAAUUCUGGAAGCAAAAUAGUAAAUUACUAAGAAAAGAACAGGGUGAUUAUUGAUGAACAUUUAAAAAUACUUGAGUGUGCUAGGUUAGUGGUUUAAUAAUUAAAUUGUUAGUAGUAUUCUUUAGCGUUAUGGUGCACGUUAUUUUUGGUUUUGUUUUAACUUUUUAAAUGGAUUUUUCAAACAUACACCAAUGUGGAGAUCCCCCAUGUAGCAGUUUCCUAACUUAGCGACUUAGUAACCCAUGGCCAAUCUCGUGUCAUCUAAACAAACAAACAAAAAAAAACCAAACCCACCGUGGUUGAGUUGAUUCCGACUCAUAGUGACCCCAUAUGAUAGAGUAGAACUGCCCUAUAGGGU